CUUCAUCUGUCUCCAAGUCUAGCCUUUUACCAUCUUAAUCAAACCCAAUCCUAAUAUCUGUCCUCCCUCCGCGCUGUGCGCCUCAAUACCAAAGCCUUCAACCACCAGCAUACACACAUAACACCUCCCACCAAACUGCAAACAUCACCAACCUCGCCCACAACACUCCUUCCCCUCAAAACCGCAAAAAUGACCCGUCUCCUAACUCCCCUCCUCCUCCUCGCCUCAACAGCAACAGCCCACUUCUCCCUCACCCUCCCCAAACCCCUAGGCGACUCAGACGACAACGAAGCAACCGCCCCCUGCGGCGGCUAUACCGCUUCCUCCUCCUCGGCCACAACAGACUUCUACGUCGAAGGCGACGCAAUCGGCAUGGAAAACGGCCACCCCCAAACAAACUGGCUCUUCCGCGCCACGCUCGACACCACCGCCGCGAGCGGCUGGACACAGCUGUUCCCCAUCGUCAUGCAGACUGGCCUGGGCAACUUUUGCGAGCCGAAAGUUGUGGCGCCGGGGAACUGGACGGGCAAGAGGGGCGUUGUCAGUGUUGUUGCGCACUCGCCCGACGGGCUUUUGUAUACUUGCGCCGCAGUAAACUUCGUCUCCGGCACAGCUCCAACCCGCUCAGACUGCAAAAACGCAACAGUCACCGUCGAUUUCACCUCAGACUCCACCCUCACAGCCCUCCUCAGCGCUAGCGGCUCCUCAAGCGGCGACACCCCAUCCUCCGGAUCCUCGGGAACCUCGACCCCGUCCGCCUCGGCGUCGAGCACCGCCAACGCCGCGCCCGGUGCCCUGGGUGAUACCGUCUUCUCUGCUGGCGCCAUGGCUGGUCUUUUGGUGUCGCUUACUGCUGCUGUCGGCGGUGCUGCCAUGUUCUUCUAGAGUUCUUUUGAGAAGGCUUUGGUGAUUAUGGGCG